AUGGGGUACAUAAAAAUAUUGACCGCUGUCUUUGGACUACAAUCAUGGAUUAUAUUGUUAUUAUCGGCGGAUCAGCGUCUCAAAAAACGCGUCUCAAAUUGUUCUUUCACAGAGAUAGAGGGCGAAUGGUACGUAGAUUGCUCUAACAAGAAUCUACAGAAUGCACCGAACUUCUCAAAUCGGACUUAUCCAAUUGUUGGAACAGACUUAUCCAUAAAUCACCUGUCCAAGUUUCCUUCACAUCUACCGAAGACACUGAAGUAUCUAAAUGUCUCAGCAAACAGCUUGGACAGAUUGUCGAGACACGACAUUCGUGAGUAUCCACACUUGAUUGAAUUACGAAUGUCCAAAUGCAAACUUAAAGCUCUGGAGUUUCACUCACUUAAUGGAAGCCAGUUAAGAUAUUUGGAUGUUUCUGGCAACAGAGAACUGACGUUGUCAGUGUUAAAGAACAUUUCUUGUGAUCUAGUGGAUAGCUACAUAGAAACCCUCAUCCUCGACGAGCUUCAAUGCCCAAUCGGACCUAGUAUUGUCCUAACUGCAGAUCACGUCAAGUGUCUGAGAAACACCAGUCUGAAAACGUUAUCAUUGGCAUCAAAUAGAAUUGUCUAUUUAGACUGUCAUGUGAUAGCGACACUCCCAGAGUCUUUAACUGUGCUUAAUUUCAGCGACAACAAGUUCACUUUGGGGUUGUAUGUUUUUCACCUACAUCUGCUGAAAUCAAUAAAAGUUCUAGACUUCAGUUACCAAUCUCGUAUACCUGUACAAAAUUUUGAAAAUAUUAAAUGUGCAUAUAGAGAGAAAAAUUGCAAUGCAGAGGAAACUGAGCGAGAACGAAGGGAGCUAAAUCCAAAGGUAUACGACAUUAAACCAGUCAACUAUACAUUUUAUCUUCCACAGUCAUUGGAAAAAUUGUAUCUUCACGACUGUAAUUUCAAAUUCAAAUUGAAUCAUUACAUUUAUAAGACUGGAGAAAACCUAUCUUAUGUGACCCUUGGAAACAAUAAAUUCUAUGAAUGGAACACUACGUUGUAUGGAAUACAACCAGUAAAAUAUUUAGACAUGUCUAACAAUUUCUGCACAAAUAUUCAGCAAGACUUUUUUGCAGAUGGUAAAAAUUUAAUUUUCUUAGACUUAUCUAAGAAUAUAUUAGGUGACAGCUUUGCAAAAGACAUCAAUGGACAUAUUUUGAGACCCCUGCAGAGUCUAAAUAUUCUUAAUAUAUCCCAGAAUAAAAUCACGAUCUUGCCACGUGCACUGUUUCAGUCUACGGUCAAUUUAAGGGAGCUGAGACUUUCCCAUAACGAGAUCACAAACUUUGAGGUUAUGAUUCACCAUAUGAAACACUUGUCUCUCCUGGAUAUUUCUCACAACCAAAUCCAGACCCUAACCACAGAUAUUCAGCAAGCUAUAGAUGGAAUAGCAAGCAUGCAUCCGAUAAAAGUAAACUUAUAUGGGAAUCCUUUAAGUUGCAGAUGUGAACAUUUAGAUUUUAUUGUAUGGCUUAAUCAACACAACAACAAUAUUGUCUUUAUGAAUUUCGAGAACUACACAUGUGUUUUUCAGAACGAAAAACACGCUAUGAACAGCACUACGCUCCUGGAAGUUCACAAACAAUGUGCAGAAUAUUCCCUUCUAAGUGUCAUAUUGGUUGCUGUUAUUUUGAUAUUUACUAUCAGUAUAAUUUGUAAGAUCAUACACCGGUUUAGAUGGCGCCUUCGCUACCUGUAUUACAUCACUGCAAAACAAUCAAACGCAGAUACAGCUGACCCAAAACCGUACAGGUAUGACGCUUUUAUUUCGUAUGCAGCGGAAAAUGAAACCUUUGCAAUUGACAUCAUCAACGAUUUGGAAAGAAAUAGUAAUCUUAAAGUUUGCUUCCAUAGCAGAGAUUUUAUUCCAGGCACAGCCAUUGCCGACAAUAUAUCGAAUGCCAUUCAGAAUAGCAGACGAACUGUGUGUUUUGUGACGUCACAUUUUCUACAAUCCUAUUGGUGUAUGUUUGAAUUCAACAUGGCACGAAUGGUGUCGUUCUAUUCUCGAGCCGGAGAAAAUAUUCUUAUUCUUGUUCUUCUUGAGAAAUAUCCGACACACAAGAUGCCAUUGGACUUGAUAGAGUUGAUUCAGUACAAUUCGUACCUGGAAUAUCCAGGGAAUUUUGUUGACAAAGAAUCCUUCACUUCACAGCUUGCAAAACACCUGUAGACUAAAUUUUGUAUUGAUGUAUUGAGAACAAAAUUAUUGCUGUUACGCAACUAGGUGAAGGGUUUCGAUAGUAAAAUGCACAAUAAUUUUGGGACAACAUUACACUUUGAAAUCAAAAGUAAAAGUACAAUUGUUACGGUUAAAUAUUGCAACAAUACUGCCUAUGUGUUGACUGUGAUUGAGCUACCAUACAUUUCUCUUAUUGUAUUUUCCCGUGACGUCAGUUGAAUAUUACGUAACACUUUAUUUUUGGAAAACACCAAGAGGCCCUAGUUGUAAACAAAAGUUCGGGUUCAUGCUUGUUACCAGAUGAAUGUUUAUUGCUAUAAUUAGAAAUAAAUAACGAAUAACCGUGGUUGUCAACGGUCCUAUAGAUACCAUACCGUUCAUAUACAAAACAGAAGAUGAUCUCAGCACUUUUUAAACGCAAAAAUAUAUCCAAAACACAUCUCAGAAAAAUUCAUAUAAUUGCUGGCUAUAGCAGUUGCACCCGAACUUUGCCAUUGUUUAUGUACAAUGAGAUUAUUUAUGCACAUAAGUGGAUUUUAAAACUCGUCAGUCAUUCAGAGUAGGGGGUUUUCAAGGUCACAAUGUGGUAUGAAUAUCUCAUUCGUGCAUAUUACUUACAUGUAUAUGUAUAUAUAAAAAGGGAAAGUGAUUUGAUAUCAUAAAGGAAUAAUAUUUAAUUAUUUGGCAAGCAUUUGACAAGAACAUUUUUUCACGUGCAUACAUCUUGUCACUUGAUAACAGUAGUAAUCAAAUAAGGACAAAAUAUUGACACUAUCCCUGCGACACAAGAUACAACAUAUUUUAUUGACCAAUCAAGUGCCCCUGAAGGCAUUGAUAAUAAAAAGAAGUACGAUCUAAACAUUAUUUCUAUAGAAAAUGAACAAUAUUGCUUAUUGCAUAAUCAUAACCAUGUAUCAUUGUCUCUUGUGAUUCAUACAUUUAAAUGUUCUUUUGUAUGUAACAACAAAAAAUAAACUUCCAAAAACCUGCAUGCACAAGAAAAUACAUAUGUUUAUACGUUGGCUCAUUUUAAUGUUUUUGAAAAUAAAAUUUCCAAGGAAAC